AUGGCCUUUGCGCGCUGCCAAGUAGAAGCUCGAGUGGGCAUGAUUCUAGAGCUACCGCUCAGAAUAUUUGGCCGAUUGGAGGAAAAGUGGAUGGAGCCAGUCAUGCUGAGUGACUGCUCCCACUUUGACCUGCAGGUAGAUGUGGAAAGCCAAAGCGUCUUUCAGCACCUUGAAGGUCGUCUGGGUCCAGGCCAAGGCCACUGCAGUGGACUGAGAGCCAAAGCCCUGGCCCCGGGCUACACCACGCUGUCGGUCAGCUACAACCAUGGCAAUGUUCACCUCGGCGCAAAGAUCACGAUUGCAGCUUAUCCUCCCCUCAUCGCUAUUGACCCCAUGUCCGUGGCUGUUGUGACACUGGGUUCCUCUAAAGACAUGCUGUUUGAGGGUGGGCCUCAGCCUUGGGUUCUGAAGCCCUCUAAGUUCUUCUGUGACUUGAAAGCUGAGAAUGAAGAAAGCGUGAGCCUGACUCUGGCUAGCCCACUCUCCCAUAAUUACGAUCAGCACUUGGUCAGAGCAACCUGCAGGGCAUUGGGAGAGCAGAUGCUUGAGGUGAGGGUGAGCAACAAGGCCAGUAUGACCAACCCUUAUCCCGCUGAAGAGCGGGCAUCUGUAAAGUUUGUUUGCGCUCCUCCGUCACGCCUCACGCUGGUCCCAGUGUACGCCGUUCCAUGGCUAGAACUCUCAUGCCCUCUGCUGCAGCAGAACAUAUACGUGGUACUGGUUUCAAAUUACCGCAACUCCGUUUUGGAGCUUGCAGCUUUUGAUGAACAAGGGCGGAAGUUUGACAACUUCAGCUCACUGAGCACAGUGUGGGAAUCAAGCAAAGUGUCCCUGGCCAGUAUCGAGCCUACCCUACCUAUGACCCUUGAACCUUUUGAGGAUGAAAACAAACAGAUGAAACUACACGGCCGGCAGAUCGUCGUUGUGCAUCGUCAAUCGGGGAUUGCUGCCAUCAUGGCGACAGCGCUGGAAUAUCAGCGGUCUCAUAUCCAAGCAGCCAAUGUUCAUCGACGGGGUGACACGUUAACCCCUGUGUCAGCAACAUUGGAACUCCUGUUAGUUGAAGCUGUGAAGGUUCUUCCUGACACAUUGACCAUAUUCAACCACCCAGAUGUGCGGAGUAAUCUUGUCGUACGAGCGGGGUCAGGCCACUUUUCUGUCAAUACCAGCAUUAAAGGCAUUGCAGAUGUGGUGUUUCAGGACACCCAAGGAACAGUUCAGGUUGCCCCCAUCCAGCCAGGUGUGGUGGAAGUGAUGGUUCAUGACCUUUGUUUAGCGGUCCCAUCUACAGCCAAAGCCACAGUGCGGGUUUCCGAAAUCCUGAAGGUGAAUUUGAGGGUGGUCGACAAGGUGGGAAUUGGCAAAUCAGUAAGGUGUUAUGUCACAGUAUUGAAUGACAACAAAAAUCCUUUCCCCACCAGCUAUUUCCCAUUCAUGAAAUUGAAAGUCAAGGCAGCGUCUUCAAUUGUUGCAUUAACACCACUCGCAGAGUCCACAGAACAUGACACUGCGGUUUACGUUGCAAAAGGUCUUUCUAUUGGCCAGACAACGUUGGCAGCUGUCGUAGUAGAUAAAAAUGGGAGAAAAAUUUCAUCCGCCCCUCAACAAAUCGAGGUAUUUCCACCAUUCAAACUCAUCCCUCGGAAAAUGACUCUGCUGAUUGGAGCAAUGAUGCAGAUCACAUCCGAGGGUAGACCACAGUCCAAUAUUCUGUUUUAUAUCUCGGAUGAAGACAUUGCUUCUGUUAACGGCACAGGUCACGUCAAGGGUGUGACCACCGGUAACGUCACUGUGACAGGACUCGUCCAAGCUGUCGAUGCUGAAACCGGCAAGUUGGUUGUUGUGUCAAAGGAUCAGGUAGAAGUUGAGGUUGAGCAUUUGACUGCCAUUCGAAUUCGAGCACCCAUUAUACGUAUGGUGACGGGAGCGCAGAUGCCUGUGUUUGUGAUGGGUUUGACCAAUAGCCAAAAACCUUUCACCUUUGGCAAUGCUGUGCUAGGACUUAGCUUCCACUGGUCCACUACCAAAAAGGACAUCCUGGAUGUCCAGUCAAGACACUCUAUGGCUAAUGUGGAGCUCAACGCCGAGCACAAUUUCGGCAUGAGCGUGACGGGUCGAACAAGAGGGCGGACUGGGCUCAAGGUUGUCUUCAGAGUUGUCGAUCCGGUUGUUGGUCAACUUGCAGAGCUCAAAGAUGAGAUCCAAAUCCAGGUCUAUAACAAGCUAUACGUGAUUAAACCCCAAUUCGAGAUACUCAUGAGUCCAAAUUCAACCUUCAAAGUUGAAACAAACAGGGAUGGCAAGGCUGCACUGUCAUACCAGAUGAUGAAUUGGACUGACCAAGUUGCUAUCGUGCAAGUUGAUGAAAAGGGCUUCCUCUUCUCUGGUCCACUCACUGGCAUGUCACCACUGCUGGUUACUUGCCAAGAUUCCUUUGGUGUCAAUCAAACACUCAUCGCCCCAGUAAAGGUGGUACCUGUGUCCUACGUGCGCUUCAGUACCAGUCCAGCGUUACACACGCCCACCGGGGAGAGCUUUAAAGCCCUCCCUUUGGGCAUUGUCCUUACCUUCACCGUUCAUUUUCACAUCAGCACUGGAGAGACCCUCCACAGCUCCAACAGCCGUGUCACCUUCUCCACAAACAGGGAUGAUCUGGUGCAGAUCGAGUCUGGGCCUGAUAACCACACGUUGACGGUCAGGACGGUGAACGUAGGCCUCACGCUUCUGUCUGUGCACGACAACGAAAAUACUGCGCUGGCAGACUACAUUCCUCUUCCCGUGGAGCAUGCCAUCCUGCCAGGAGAGGCCCAGAGCCUGGUGGUGGGAGACGUCAUUUGCUUUACUGCACAUCUGACCAGUCAACAUGGAGGUCAUGGUAUUUGGAGCUCCUCAGCCAAUGCUGUGCUCCAGGUGGAUUCCAAAACCGGUGCAGCUGUGGCCAGAGACAAUGGGGCAGCUACCGUGUACUACGAGAUACCUGGUGUUUUAAAAACAUACAGAGAGGUUGUGGUGAAAUCGUCUCCAAGGACAGCCGCAAUAGCGCAAGCCUUGCCAGUUAGAAUUAGCAAGCCGACUGAAGUCUUAUUCACAACCAGAGGACAAGGAACCAAUCUCAUUGGAACCUGCUCCUCGUUCCAGACAGAAGCCAUCGCGCUACUACAGCCAGAAACUUCUGUCGCUUGCCUCCUCAGCUUUACGAGUGAUGCUGUUGAUUUCCCUGCAAGCAGCGUCUUCAAAACACACACGAGUUUUGAUCCCAGCAUUGGCUUGUACAAGUGUUUAAUUACUCUACAGCCAAUGGCAGACCAGCUGACCCGAGUUCUCAACAUGUCCAUGACCAACCUGCUAGUGAAGGCUGGCCUGGAGGGCAGCACCUUCUCUGGGGAGCAGGUCAGCGCCAGACUGCCGCUAGAGCUCACUCUCUACUGCGACCUGACUGAGCGCGCCCUCUACUGCCACCUGACGGAGCUGAUGCUCUCCAACCUGCAGCCAUCUGUGGAGCUCACAGUCUUCGGUCCAGCUGUUGCCCGAGCAUACUUGACGGUCAGAGGAAAGAACUUUUUUUAUCCAAAUAGAGAUGCCUCGGAAAAACAAAACAGUACAAUGGACUAUCUUUCUGUGUCUUAG